CUGCAUCUUCGUCCUCUACGUGUCCUUUCCCACUCUCCUUCCCUCCCUCAUCCACCCCCAACGCAACAACAAAAGCACCGGCACCAAAUGAGAUUUUUCGGAGUUCUUUAGUCGAGGUCUGUUGCCGCACAGAAAGGAGGAUCGCCUUUGGAUGUCUGAGCUGAGACAUAAGCCACAGGGGAUUCCACCUUCUCAGUGGAUUAGCAACGGUGUCCCAUUGCUCGAGCUGUCUUUUCCUUCUGCAUGCAUUUAUUGAUUCUUGCUACCAGGGAACAUAAAGACUCCCAACUUUGGGAACAUGGAAUCUAAAUGAAGAGUCUUCAGUGAGGAUUGGUUAUACGAUCUUGCUCUUGCUUCAUGGCGUGCCUGUUGCUACGGAUGAUUGCUCCUGCAGAUAUACCUGCAGGGCUUGGGUCUGCGGAAGCAAUUCGAGAGGGAGAUCGUUUCCCACGCAAGGCCUUCCGUCCAAGGAACAACAGGAAUCUCUCGAGGAAGAGGCGAAGAUGGAGUCUGCGAUCACCCCAUGCUGAUUCCAAGUAUGCUUCCUUGCGGUUUGAUCCAGAGAGCGGGAUGAACCUUCCUCUAGUAUCGAGUCUGCUAACCAGCACAGCAGGAGAGGUUGCAGUUUCCGCAGAGCAGAAGGUUUACAACGUGGUUCUGAAGCAGGCAGCCCUGGUGAAGCAGCAGCCGAGGUCGAGCGCUGCGCUCGAUGUGAAGCCAGACACGGUGAUCCCUGGAUCAGUGGGCUUGUUGAAGGAGGCGUAUGACCGCUGUGGAGAAGUCUGCGCAGAGUAUGCCAAGACCUUUUACCUGGGGACGCUGCUCAUGACCCCUGAAAGGAGGAGAGCUAUCUGGGCAAUCUACGUGUGGUGCAGAAGGACAGAUGAGCUUGUAGAUGGGCCAAAUGCAUCGCAGAUCACACCAACAGCACUAGACAGGUGGGAGUCGAGGCUGGACGAUGUCUUUGCAGGCCGGCCAUAUGACAUGCUUGACGCAGCCCUCUCUGAUACGGUUUCCAAGUACCCCGUUGAUAUCCAGCCAUUCAGGGACAUGAUCGAAGGAAUGAGAAUGGACUUGAAGAAGUCGAGAUACAAGAACUUCGACGAACUCUAUCUUUACUGCUACUACGUCGCUGGGACUGUCGGAUUGAUGAGCGUUCCCGUGAUGGGCAUCGCACCGGAGUCGAAGGCGACGACGGAGAGCGUUUACGGUGCUGCUUUGGCUUUGGGACUUGCAAACCAGCUCACCAAUAUACUCAGGGAUGUUGGCGAAGAUGCUAGAAGAGGAAGGAUUUAUCUGCCACAGGAUGAGCUCGCCCAGGCUGGGCUCUCGGAUGAGGACAUCUUCGGCGGCAAGGUGACUGAGAAAUGGAGGAGCUUCAUGAAGAAUCAAAUCAAGAGGGCGAGGAUGUUCUUCCAGCAAGCAGAGGCUGGUGUGACUGAGCUCAAUCGAGCUAGUAGGUGGCCGGUUUGGGCUUCUCUGCAACUGUACCGGCAGAUCCUCGAUGAAAUUGAAGCCAAUGACUACAAUAACUUCACGAAGCGAGCUUAUGUUAGCAAAGCGAAGAAGCUGCUGGCUCUGCCGGUGGCAUACGGAAAAUCACUCAUCAGCCCAUCUUCUCUGAGCCAGUCAAACUUAGCAAAAACAUGAACAUGAUAUGAACUGUGUGCCCUCUGCUACCAUUCUGUGGAGUAUGCACACACAUCCAAUAUACAUUGUAUUGUGAGGAUGCUAACAGGUUAAGUGGUGCCAUCGAACUACAAUAUGCUGUAACUUGGCUCUUCCAUUCUAUUCAUUGUCACAUAUGGUGUGGGAUAGUGGAAGACGGUACGUUCCGAUCGUAGAAUUUAUUGCGUGCAUGUUCUUAUCCUAA